AGAGGAGUUUAAAGACAUGGUAUUAUGCCAAAAUUAUACUAAGGAGUAGUAUUUUCUUUUUAAUAAAUUUAGGAUUUGUGGCAACCAUACCCCCACCGAAGUCAAACAAAAUUUGGAAGCCAAUUGGGAAAAGGAAUGUGGAGUGAUUGAUUCCAAUUCCAAAGGAACAAUGGAUCUGAACCUCUAAUUCCCUUCUCCAAACGAUUAACCCCUCUGCCCUCUUCUCCCCCACAAUUCCUAUCUAUCAUGGAAAGACUUUACCAAUCCCUCUUCAUCUUCACACUACUACUAUUCACUAACGAAACUUGACAUGUCUUCUCAUCCACCACCACAACAACCCCCAUCAUCCCACACACAGCCUAAGCCCACUUCCUUCCCUGACGUUAUCUUCACUGCCUUUUCUCUCUUCGUUAUCUUCUCUUCUUCCAACCCCACUUCCUCCUUUCUCCGUAAAUUCACCCCUAUUGUCUCUUUCCCUCUUAACCCCCGCCGAUUCCUCAAAAUUCCCACUAUGUCCACUCCCUCUUCCACUAAUCUUCGGAGUCCUAUGCAUCGCUUUCCCAACCCCCAAUCGCUUUCCGAUUGGCUAAGGCCACGUAUGCCUGCAGAUUCUUUCGCUUCUUGGGGUGUUAAGCCGGGGACGAAGAAUGUUAAUAAUCUCUGGCUUGAGUUGUCUGAAGGGGAGACUUUGUUGGCUGAUUCUACGCCACCGGUGAGGACUGUUGAGGUUAUGGUGGUUAAAGUUAUUGGGAAAGAUAAUAAGGUUCUUGUCGAGUCGCAUCAGGAGUUGUCGAAUGGGGUGGUUAGGCAUCGGUGUAGGCCGUUAUCCGAGAAGAUGAAGCCUGGUGAGACUCUUGAGGAUGCGGUUUUUAGGGCGGUGAAAGAGGAGCUUGGGUCAGUGGUUGGUGGGGAGGUCAGGGAGAAUGGCAUUGUUAAGAUCUUGCCAAAUUCGUAUACGAAGAAGGUGGAGGAAAGGGUAUCAGCGUCGUAUCCUGGAUUGCCUGCUUGUUAUGUGUUGCAUACAGUGGAGGCUGCAGUGGAUGGUUUGCCUGAGGAGGAGUUUUGCACGGAGGAGGCAGAUGAAUACGGUGGUGAUUUGAGUGGGAGGAUGAUUGCUGAUGGGGCAGUUUCCUGUAAAAAGCAUUACUGGAAGUGGGUUGAUGCUGAUUCGUUGUGAUCGUUGAUGUGUGGGAGGUGAGUUUGAGCUCUUGUCCUUCCAAGAUUGAAUUUUUGACUACUACCAUGGUUCGUAAUAAAGAUGGAUUCUCAGGACUUGCGGUUUAAUGUCAUAUACUUUAUAGGAUAUUUUAGACACAGUUUACAUAAAAGAAUUGCUUGAUUUAGCUUUCUAUUCAUGUUAAUAUCCAUAUCAGGUAUUGAGGAUUUGAUAUUUGAUGAGUGUAUAUCAUUCUAACAGCGAUAGCUUCUUGUAUUAUCCUGAGGCAAACAGGGUGGCUUCUGAAACUCAAUAAGCUUUGUAAUUCAUGGUGCUUCCAAGCGGAAGACUUGAUAAUUAACAUCUCACAGCCAA